GUUUUCAGCUACUAAUGUUACAAACAAUAAAAUAUUGGAGCAUAGAGUGGAGGAAAAGGCUUAAACCAGAUUUUUCUUUAGUUAGUUUAAAAUAUGGACCCUGAAGCAAGGAGAAAAGAAAUUAUCAAAGUGACACCUCUUCAACAAAUGCUUGCCUCUUGUACUGGAGCUAUACUGACGUCGCUAAUGGUGACACCUCUGGAUGUUGUUAAAAUUCGACUCCAAGCCCAAAGCAACCCACUCACCAAAGGAAAAUGUUUUCUGUAUAGUAAUGGACUCAUGGAUCACCUAUGUGUCUGUGAAGAGGGAGGCAACAAACUAUGGUAUAAGAAGCCAGGAUGUUUCCAGGGAACAUUGGAUGCCUUUUUGAAAAUCAUUCGAAAUGAGGGCAUUAAAUCCCUGUGGAGUGGCCUUCCUCCUACCCUAGUGAUGGCAGUUCCUGCUACAGUUAUUUAUUUUACCUCCUAUGAUCAAUUAAGUGCUCUUCUUAGAUCUAAAUUGGGAGAAAAUGAAACCCACAUACCAAUUGUUGCUGGAACUGUGGCCAGACUUGGUGCAGUCACUGUGAUAAGUCCAUUAGAAUUGAUUAGAACCCAGAUGCAGUCUAAGAAGUUUUCGUACGAGGAACUACAUCGAUUUGUCAGCAAGAAAGUGUCUGAAGAUGGUUGGAUUUCCCUUUGGAGAGGGUGGGCGCCCACUGUUCUUAGAGACGUACCUUUCUCAGCAAUGUACUGGUAUAACUAUGAAGUUUUAAGGAAGUGGUUGUGUGAGAAAUCUGGUUUAUAUGAACCAACAUUUAUGAUCAACUUCACUUCAGGGGCAUUAUCUGGUUCUUUUGCAGCUGUUGCAACUUUACCAUUUGAUGUGGUCAAAACACAGAAGCAGACACAACUUUGGAUAUAUGAAAGUCAUAAAAUGUCUGUGCCUUCAAAUAUGUCAACGUGGGUUAUAAUGAAGAACAUUGUUGGUGAAAAUGGACUUUCUGGAUUAUUUACAGGCCUAAUUCCUCGUUUAAUUAAAGUUGCUCCUGCUUGUGCCAUUAUGAUCAGUACCUAUGAAUUUGGGAAGGCUUUUUUCCAGAAACAGAAUAUUCAAAGACAGCAAUACUAGAUAAUAAUGUUGUUUCAAUUGGACAUGAUAACAAUAGCCAAAUAAUAAAAUGGAGACUGUUAAGCAAGAACUUUUUCCACUAUUAUCCAACAGUGAUUUGAUGUUUUUCUCUACUGUAAUUUAAGUGAAUAGUU